ACUCGAUGUGCUUAUAAAAGACCAUUCUCGCCACGCUUCCACACUCGCAACUUUCUCGUCGCCCCACUUCCACUCCACUGCUCACCGUCGCCCACGCCCCUGCCUCUCUCUCUCCCACUCUUAUCUCGCAUCUCUCUCUAUCUCUCUCUCUCCCUUAAACGAGCUCCGGUCCCGUCCCUCGCAAGCUCGUCUCGUCUCGUGCCCAGAUUUGCUCUCUGGAGUACAGCUCUCAGAGACUGCUCCAGCUGACUCACUCGUCGAUCAGAAUUGCGGUACCUCGACCUCACCUGCGCUCAAUCUGUUGCUGUCAAUCGGGCCCUGUGUCUGUGUUGGCGUGGGUGCAGCAGCGGGCUGGCAAGAAUUGCAAGAAUUUAUUCGGAGCCAGUUUGACGACCCACAUUCUUUCCCGGACAAAAAGCCGUGAACAUGCCUCUCAGCAUGUCGACCCCGGGCUUGGGGCCUUCUCUUCCUCCGACCACGGAAUUGUUGGCAUCCCUCGCCAACAUAGCGCAGAGAACAGAUUCAGCGAUGACCAACGCAGGGCUGCUGUCUGUUCUGCUCCAGGGAUCCAAGCUGCCAGAAAUUUACGUGCAACCAGAGCAGGACAGGCCUACGAAAUCCCACGAUGUCCAGUCUGAGCUGGAAGUCGAGCUUCCCGUUGUCGAUCUGUCGGCAUUCAAUUCAGCUGACGGGCCCCUUAGAGAUGCGGCCCUGGCCAAAAUAGUGCGCGCUUGCGAGACUUGGGGCUUUGUACAGGUGAUUAAUCACGGCGUGGAUAUCGAACUCAUCGAGAAAUGCGAAGCAGAGGUCCAUCGCCUCUUCCAGCUGCCCGUCUGCAUCAAGGAGAAUGCGCUCCGUGUGCCGGGCGCUCUCUAUGGCUACGGCGCCAACUUCUGGCUCAAUCUGCCCGCCAUGAAUUGGGCCGAAAGCUUCCAUAUUAACAAACACAAUUGCAAGGAAUACGCAGCCAAACUGUGGCCGUCUGAUUACGAGCGUUUCAGCUCGUCCGUGGAGAAAUAUAUCACUCAAGUCGAGGACUUGGGGCACAGAGUGCGGCGCGUGCUGACCGAGGGCCUGGGCCUCGAGGCGGGCCACUUCGACAACUACUUCACGGAGGAGGAGACCGUGUCCACUCUUCGAAUGAAUUUCUACCCUCUGUGUCCGGAGCCGUCCAAGGCCCUGGGCCUGAAAGCGCACCGAGAUCCGCAUUUCCUCACGCUGCUCCACCAGGAUUCCACCGGAGGCCUGCAAAUCUGGAACGAGAGCAGAGACGAGUGGUUCAACGUGAAGCCCCGCACGGAUUCCUUCAUCGUCAAUGUGGGCGAUGUUCUUCAGGCUGCCAGCAAUGGAAGAUACCGAAGUGUUUUGCACCGCGCGGUGGUGAACAGUUACAAGACUCGCCUGUCGAUGGCGUGCUUUUUCAACACCAGCGCAACCGUGGUCGCUCCGUCCGAGCUCAUCACCCCGGAGAAUCCCCAAAGAUACAGACCCUUCUCGUGGAAAGAGUACAUCAGGACGGCGUACACCUUCACCACGGGCAAGGUGUCGCAACUGGACGAGCUAUACGCGAUUCAAAGCAGUUCAGCGGGCGCAACCGAGCAAUGAGCGCAAUGCUUGCGCCCGGCGAGCGAUAAAUGAAACAUUCUCGAUCGAGCUCGAGCUCGAGCGAGACGCUUCACAGUUUUUGUUCCACACAUCAUCAGCACCUUAUACAGAUCAUGUAGUUAGAUAGGAGCUUAGGCAUUAGGAGGAUCGGAGCCAUCAUCACUGCUUAAAAGAAAAAUUUAACGGCCAGGUAGCUUAAGGUAGGCAGGCUUUCCCUCGGUAACUACAACACGGCUGCAAAUCCCUUGGACUCAUUUCUGUAAUUUUACUCGAGACCUUAGAUUUUUUUUGUUCAGGUCUUGGCGCGGGAUCACUUUCAGUAGUAGUAGUACUUUCCUCUGUAUUCUCGAUCGGGCUCGGCCCUCACUUUGCAAGAUGGCCGGCUGGGCGCGGUCGACAUGCACCUUGAUUCACUUACCACAAGAGGGUUCUUCACGACAAAGAGAAACCUGAUACACUCUUGCAUUCCGUGCGAAUGCGAGCAAUGUAGCGCUAGCUAGCUCUUCCUUCCUACGGUAUUAAGGAACUUUUCGGGAUAACGUUUGUGAUAUCAUGAAAUAUGUCACUUGUAAUUAUUUAUCAUUUUCUGAAAGGUUACUUACAUCACGUAGUCUCUGAGUUUGUCUACCAUAUCUCUCUCAGUUGGGUAAGUUCAGUAUCCCUAGGCAA